CUAGCAAAUAAAAGGGACGGAAAAAACCAAAUCAAUACAUUAAUUUAUCGAUCCAGUAAAAAAGUAAGCGUUUGGCAAGAAUGGCAGGUCAAAAAAUACUUUUAGGAUGCACUUUCGCCACCAUUUUCGCAUUGGCGUUAGCUUCUCCAAUCACAAUUUCGAACUCGACCACCACCAACAAAUUCCAGUACAUUGGUAACACCGAGGGCAAAAUAUUUCUCAAGGCGGAACUCAUCCCUGCCGAACAGUAUGGCGUCACUUGGCUUCGGGCAGUGCAAAUUUGUUCCGAUGGAGGGUAUCAGAUGGCGUCUAUCACUUCGCAAAAGCAGGAUGACAUCGUCGCCGCCUUUGUGACGGGGACUGGACCAGAUUCCAGGAACUGGAUGUGGAUCGACGGGUCAAAUUUUGCAGCUGGGGGAAAUUUGACUGUUUGGUCAUCCCUCCAUACCGGUCAACCGCUAACCUUCUUCAACUGGGUGCGAGGUCGCCCAGUUUCGCCAGCAACGGCAGGGGCGAGACAAUGUCUGAGGUGGAGCAGUAAUUCGAUGGAGGCUGGAUGGUGGGACAUUGAUUGUACGGAUAAGCAUAAUGUCCUUUGUGAGACGCAAGUUUCAAACUAAUGACAAAUUUUAAAUUUUUCUUGAAUUGCAUGGUUGGAUUUUAAUAGUUGCAUGUAUGUAAAUAAAGAGAGUUUAAGAUCAAUAAAGUUUGUGCGAUUGUUGUACUAAUUUAUAUCGAAA